GAAAUGAUCUGACAAUAUGAAGUUCCCGAAAAUCUUGUCGUCUCCUGAAGUGGCUACCAUCCUUAUCUGACUAAUUCUUUAGCUUUUGCAAGUAGAUAAUACAAAAGAUAUUUAUACUCUCAAAUGUCAAAUCUUGCUUAGCAUUUGAUCAAGUUAACAGAUAAGAUACUUUUCUGUAACAUCUGCAAAAAUGGCUUCAAUCGAAGUUCUGUUUAAUCCGAUAUGGAUCAUUACAGCAGCUUUAGCUGUGGCUCUGACGGCAUGUGUAUUGAAGAGUAUGAGAAGAGGAUCAAGGGAGAAGAAAAAAUACACUCCUGUUGGGGGCACCGUCUUCCACAUGUUGCUCAACUUCGACAGGCUGCAUCAUUAUCUGACUGAUUUGGCUAGAAAGUACAGGACUUUCAGGAUGCUCAACUUUUCCAGGUGCGAGGUGUACACUUCAGACCCUGCAAAUGUUGAGUACAUUCUCAAAACCAACUUUGCAAAUUAUGGCAGGGGACCAUACCACCACAGCGUUUUGGAGGACCUUCUUGGCGAUGGGAUUUUCACGGUAGAUGGAGAAAAGUGGCGAAAUCAGAGGAAGACGUCUAGUUACGAAUUCUCUACCAAAAUCUUGAGGGACUUCAGCAGUGGAGUCUUCAGAACUAAUGCAUCAAAACUUGCUAGGCUAGUAUCAGAAGCAGUGGCAUCAAAUCAGACAAUGGAUGUCCAAGAUUUGUUUAUGAAAUCAGCCCUGGACUCAGUUUUUAAGGUUGUACUUGGAGUGGAACUCGACAGCAUGUGCGGAACAAAUGAAGAAGGCACACGAUUUUCUCGUUGUUUUGAUGAAGCAAGUGCAAUCACCCUGUAUCGCUAUGUUGAUUUACCCUGGAAAUUGAAAAGAUUUCUGAACCUUGGAUCAGAAGCAAAAUUGAGGAACAAUGUCAAAGUUAUUGAUGAAUAUGUCUAUAAAAUCAUCAGAAGCAAGACAGAACAACUGCACAAGUCGCGGGAUGAUUGGCUAAUGAAGAAAGAAGACAUUCUGUCAAGGUUUCUGGAAAAUAAUGAAACGGAUCCGAAGUAUCUAAAAGAUAUCAUUCUUAGCUUCAUAAUUGCUGGGAAGGACACAACAGCUAGUACUCUUUCCUGGUUCUUUUACAUGAUGUGCAAGCACCCUCACAUGCAAGAGAGAAUUGCAGAUGAGGUGGUAAAAGCAACAAAUGUGAAGGGCAAUCCUUUGACGGAUGAAUUAGCGAACAACAUCACUGAAGAAGCACUUGACAAAAUGCAGUAUCUUCAUGCAGCCUUGACCGAAACACUCAGACUGUAUCCUGCUGUUCCUCUGGAUGGGAAGUUUUGCUUUUCUGAUGAUACAUUCCCAGAUGGACUCAGUAUCAGGAAAGGGGACACCAUCUCGUACCAGCCUUGGGCUAUGGGCAGGAUGAAAUUCAUAUGGGGUGAAGAUGCAGAAGAUUUCCGCCCAGAGAGAUGGCUCAAUGAAAAUGGUGUUUUUCAACAAGAAAGUCCUUUUAAGUUCCCUGCUUUCCAGGCAGGACCGAGGAUCUGUCUUGGAAAGGAGUUUGCUUACAGGCAGAUGAAAAUCUUUUCAGCUGUAUUGUUGGGCAGUUUCACAUUCAAAUUGAGUGACAAACAGAAAGUGGUCAAGUAUAAGACAAUGCUAACUUUGCAUGUGGAUGGAGGCCUCCAUGUUCAAGCUUCCCCUAGAUGGCGUGACAUAAAUCCUUAAGGUGCUCAGCCACCUUAUCAUUGUACACUUUGUUCUAUCCUAUAAACCUAGAAAUCUAUACUGGAACUCUUUUUUUAGUUUGAGAGGCGACUCCAAACCUUACAAGCGGAAUAGGGAAAGGGUAGGGAUUAAGAGUCAGAACUUGGAACCUCACGAUCACCUGACUAAUAUCUCUACUUUAUACAAAGUAGCGCUCUCCUUGUUAACUAUUAAGGCACGUGUACAAAUAAUGUAUCAUCCUCGAACAAUUAUACUUCUCUAUACUGUUUUAGCACAUGAAAAGCAAAACAGUAAAUCGUGGCAUCAUUAGCUAAAUACAAUACUUCCAUGGCUUUAACA